AUGGGGACGAGGCUGCUGGGAGCCGCCCUUCUCCUCUCCCUGGUGGACAUUGUCCAGGCCUUCGCCAUUGAGAAUAAAGGGGACGUGUUCAAGAAGAUGGCAUGUCCYGCCUUUCUGAUGUUUGAGAAUGUUGCGUACCUGGCAGACAUGACCUUCGAGCUGCCCUGCAAGUGCAAGCCCGAGGAAGCCUCCUCUGUGGUCUGGUAUUUCCAGAAGAACCUGCGCAGCCACGAAACCACGGUGCUGACGGACUUCAAUGGCACUGUGGUAGUGGACUCGAGCCACGUCCGCGCAGGCAGCGACCUCCUGAAGCGCUUCAGCAUCCGCAUGUUCAGCCUGAUCGUGUUCCGAGCCCAGGAGGGCGACUCGGGCCAUUACCUGUGCGGCACCAGGGACGGGCUCUUCUUCUACGGCUACGACGUGGACGUGCAGCCCACCAGGAAGAUCACCGUGGCGUUCCUGGACAACGACCAGCACGUCCAAGAGGACUACAAGGGGAAGGAAUUCAGCCUCUUCACCACCUUCUGGGACUGGACRGGCUGUGACCGCUGCGGGGUGCGGGGUGAGCAGCGGCGCAUCGGGCUGUGCUACGUGCAGAGCGCGCGGCUGAACCCCCGCUACCGCACCGCACUGCCCAACGUCACCUCCUGCGGCUCCAGGGCCGUGCCCGCGCGCUUCCAGCGCCUCAUCCGCCUCCGGAGCCCCGAGGUGGCCAUCCGGAGCUGCCUGGCCCCCUGCCCAGAGAAGAAAGCCCCCGAGGAGGGCGUGCAGUCCAUCUCCAACGUGGUUUACAAGCUGGGCAAGAAGCCCCGGCUGCCCCGGGUGCCCAUCCAGUACCACCGGCAGCCCCCCAAAAGCGACCUGGUCAUUGCCUGCCCGGGAGCGCGGCCGGAGCACGCCGUGGCCUGGGACAAGGGCUCCGYCCGGCUCUACCGCUCCCACUACCUCGUGGGCGUCAAGAAACACAUGAGGGUGUUCAUCGACCACGGGAACCACCUGCACCUGCGGCAGCUGCGCAAGAGCGACAAAGCCACCUACUUCUGCUGGCGGCAGGGCGAGAUGGUGGCCGGCUUCCAGCUCAGCAUCACCUUCCAGCCCCGGCGCCAGCGCAGCCCCUCCGACCCCGAGUCCAUCUUUGUCAUGAGGGCCGUGGGCAUCAGCUUUGGUGUCAUCACCGGCAUCUUCUUCCUCAUCCAYGUGUCCCGCUGCUGCUGGAGGAUGUGCAGGAAACCAGCCAGGCUGUAG